CGGUGUGGCGUGGAGGAUGAUUAGGAUCAUAUAUAUAAUUCUGUGCCUCGUUAAAUUACCAGAGGCAAGCUUCAAGCAUUUCCCAAGAGUGACAUUAAGAGAGGGAGUAUUCAGAAGGGUGACUCUACCUGGAGAUCAUACACAUAUACAGCUUCUCCACGAUGGACAGCAAGAUAUUAUCACAGCUGCAGGACAGAGACAACUUUAUGUUGUUAACUUUAAGAGUCUUCACUUAAACCAAAUGACUCCUGCAUUUCAAGGAGAUGAAUGCACCCGCAGUAAUCCUGCAUCAUCAGCUUGCCACUAUAACAUCACAGUAUUCCAGAAGAGGAAAGAAGCCAACCAACUGUUUCUAUGCGGAACCAGUAGCAAGGAAACAACAUGUUGCAAUAUGAAUACGUUAGAUCCAUCAUCGUUGUGCACUCCCUCAAAGCCCAUGGCAGGCAUAAAGGCAAGCAUAAAAGCAUUUGUCAUUAAGGAACAGUCGCCAUUCGCCCUUAUUGAGUCUUCAGAAGAUGAAGAGCUCUACCUCACGCACUCUGGAACUAAGGACUGUAUUGGCAUCUUUAAGUUUGGGAGGAACAGAGUUGGUCCGGGAUACCAUGAAAAAGAGCAACUAUAUGUUGGUUUGGUGCCUAGCAGAGACAGUAAGAAACUGUAUGCUUUCUAUAAGGAGAAGACCAGAGCCCUGGACUUGGAGGCUGAUAUGUGGAUGUCUUAUGUGGCUCAGAUUUGCAUGGCAGAUAAAGGGGGGCCCAAGAGCUCCUUGCAGUUUGAGUGGACAUCCCAGCUGACUGCAAGGCUCUUCUGUGGUGAUCACAACAGCAGACAGCACUAUUCUGAGCUGGUUGACAUAGCUGCCAUACAUGGAGACCAGUGGCAGGACACAAGAGUGUAUGCACUCUUCAGAAAUCAAUGGGGGAUGAGUGCUGUGUGUGUCUACACUGUACAACAUAUUGAGGACACAUUUACAACCUCCAAAUUCAAGGGUCAUUCAAGGGACAUCCCACAGCCAAGGCCUGGGAUGUGUGUUCCGGACAGCAGAAAGCUUCCUCUCACUGUCCUCAAAAUGGUCAAGGAGAAGCCAGAGAUGCAGGACAGAGUCUUGCCAUUGGAAAACUCCGGGCCUCUUUUUGUCAGUCACCAUGGUUACACUCUCAUCCGUGUGGACAAUCUGCAGCACAACUCUCGCCACUCCGUCCUGUUUCUCUCUCUAGAGGGUGGAGGAGUUCAUAAGGUUCUGGAGACUGAACUUCAGGCUUUUGUCAUCGCUGAGUAUCGCCCCUUCAACCAUAAGACCCAUAUUCUCAACAUGAUUGUUCAUCCUUCCACGAAGAAAUUGUACGUGAGCUCAAGCAAAGAGAUUGUCCAGGUGGAUGUUGGGAGCUGUGCCCACUACGGAGACACCUGUGAGCAGUGUAUUCUAGCCAGAGAUCCCUACUGCGGCUGGAACGGCUUCCACUGCGGCCCCACCACAAAUGCAUCAAUACAGGAUGUAGAAAAAGGGAUCCCUGACAAGUGCAAGACCAUAGGACAAGAACAUCUUGCAAAUAAAGUCAAAGGUGGAGCGGAAUUUGCAAGGGGUAUCACACUUCCUUUGAGGUCCAGAUAUUACCUCUCCUGCCCGGUUUCAUCACACCAUGCCACAUACAGUUGGCGCCAUCAUGAUCAGUUGACGAACUGCGACCCAAUGGGGCAGGAGUGCCUCAUUCUGAUUGACAGCAUGGGUCCUAAGGAGAAGGGCACAUACAUCUGUGAGUCGCAGGAGAUGAGCUACAAAAGGGAACUGGCACGGUACAAGCUGCAGCUGGCGAACUGGGCAGCAGGGCGGCCAUCAAUCCCACUGGCCUGGGUUUGUCUGACUACUGUGGUGAUUAUGGGCCUGUACUCUUAGUCCGAAGCUGUUGAAGGCUAGCUAGGGUGGCGUGAUUAUAACGAAAAUGAUAUCUGGAAAAUUUCUCUAGAUACUUUGAUUACAGAUCAAUAGAUAACAAUAGUUAAUGAAUAAUAAUAGAUAGAAAAUUGUUUCAUUUUUUGGCACCCUAUAAGCAAUUUAUAUAAAAUAAUAUAAGCAACAAAAUAAUAAUAAUAUCCAUCCAUCUAUUAUCCGAAAUACUUAUGCUGCUCUCAGGGUCACAGGGAUGCAGGAGCCUAUCCCAGCAGUCAUUGGGCGGCAGGAGAGGUGACACACUGGACAGGCCACCAGACCAUCACACAGGCCGACAUACACACA